CGCACACGCAAGUAAUCACUCCCUUGCAGCGGCAGCAGCCGCAGCCUCCGGGACUAUAAAAGCGCUGGGUGUCCGUCCUCAGAGCACAGAGGAAGCUCAACCUCCAGGUAUAUCUGUCUCUAACAACCAUGAAGGCUGUUGCUGUGAUCCUUGCUCUGGCAGUCAUUACUGGCUGCAAUGCCCGUGCUGUGCGCCAGGCUGAUGCCACCGUAAUCCAGUGGCAAGACACUGUGAGUCGUUUCACACAGUACAUCAGUGACCUGACCCAACAAGCUGAUGGAACUGUGCAGAACCUGAAGGCAUCCCAGCUCAGCAGGGAGCUAGACACUCUGAUCACUGACACCAUGGCAGAGCUGGCAACCUACAGAGAUGACCUCCAGAGCAAGCUGGAGACCUCCACCGACCAGGCAUCUCAGGACUUACAACUUCUGGUCAACAGACUGCAGAAGGACAUGGUUGAUGCCAAAGAGCGCAGCACUGAGUACCUGGGCGAGCUGAAGACCAUGGUGGAGCAGAACACCGAAGAAGCCCGCAGCCGCUUCUCCACCUACACCCACAAGCUGAAGAAGCGUUUGAACAAGGACACUGAGGAGAUCGUCAACACUGUGGCUACUUACAUGGGUGAGGUCCAGUCACGCGCUGCCCAGAACCUGGGUGCCGUGAAAGAACAAGUUGAGCCCUUCGUCCAGCAGGCCGGCACCUCCGCCACCGAGAGGCUGACCGACCUCUCUGUCAUGCUGAAGAAGCAGGCUGAGGGCCUGGGCCAACAGCUUGAAACCCAGGCUGAGGGCAUCAAGACCCAGCUGGAGGCCUCCGCCCAGGAGCUGCGCACAUCCCUGGAGGGCAAGAUUGAGGAGCUGAGAGAGCUGGUUGCCCCCUAUGCCACCAAGAUCCGUGAGCAUUUUGAAAUGCCCCAGGGCACAGCCACCGCCUAAAGAAAGACUCUCUGAGGGUUUUUAAGGGUUGGAGAUGAUUAGUGGUAGUAGAAGGAGGGAUGCAUAAAACACUGAUUUCUUUAUACCCAGGAAAAGAAAGGAAGGGGAGUUACUGAUGGUCUCUACAUUAUGUGCUCUAGUGUUUAGGAUAAAGAAGGUUGACUAGAGAUUGAAGCGAGAUGAGGUGCUGAUGGGUUCUUUCCUCGGCACAGUCACCCCUUCUUAUUUUCUUAUCAACCUCCUUUGAUCAGUGAACACAAGCACCACAGUCAGCCUUUAUAACACAGCAGGAGACAGUUAUUUUUAACAUGCUUUUUGCUUUGCUCCUUUCAAUCAACUGUUCUAGCAGUCUGUCCUACAAAUUUUGUAUUAGGUUUUCUACAUCUUUUUUUUUUGGUUGUAAAUAUAACUGCUCAGUUUUGCCUGCAGGCAGGGAUUCCUGCCCUCAUCAUGUGUUAAGUGUGUUUCAUUUCAAAAAAUGCACUGAAUUAUGAUGAUCCAACCAACGUUGAGUUUGCGUACAGAAAUGUGUCUGCUAGUCUCUCCUGGAGGUGAUCCUGACCCACUAAAGUUUUGUACUGUCUGCUAGUCUUGGUUGUGCUUCACAGAGAAGUGGAAUGUAAAAUGACUUGAUGCAAAUAUGACAAUCAGUGAGAGUAACACUGCCUGUCUAUUCUUCACAAGUGUCCCUUGUGUUUCAUGUGUUGUAUGCCCACCAUGCUGCUCUCUGUAUGCGCACUGCCCAUGGCUGCAGUGUGCUAAGUGAAUAAAGAACAUAGAAAACACGCA